AUACAGAAGAAAAUUCCAAUGAUGGUAGCCAACCAUCCAAACGGCGGCGUAUGGGCUCAGGGGACAGUUCUCGGAGCUGUGAAACUUCUAUUCAAGACCUUGGCUUGAGUUACUUUNNNGCUGAAAAUUUGAUAGAAUACAAGUGGCCACCAGAUGAAACAGGAGAAUACUACAUGCUUCAGGAGCAAGUCAGUGAAUAUUUGUGUGUGACUUCCUUUAAAAGAAAAUAUCCAGAUUUGGAAAGGCGAGAUCUAUCUCACAAGGAGAAACUCUACCUCAGGGAACUAAAUGUUAUCACAGAGACUCAGUGCACGUUAGGUCUAACAGCCUUACGUAGCGAUGAAGUAAUUGAUCUUAUGAUUAAAGAAUACCCUGCCAAACAUGCUGAGUAUUCUGUUAUACUGCAAGAGAAGGAACGUCAGCGGAUAACAGAUCACUAUAAAGAAUACUCUCAAAUGCAACAGCAGAACACACAGAAAGUAGAAGCUAGUAAAGUUCCAGAAUAUAUAAAGAAAGCUGCCAAGAAAGCUGCAGAGUUCAACAGUAAUUUAAACCGGGAGAGAAUGGAAGAAAGAAGAGCCUAUUUUGAUUUACAGACACAUAUUAUCCAGGUGCCUCAAGGAAAAUACAAAAUCUUACCUAUGGAGAGAACAAAGGUUAGUCCUUAUCCAGUGGCUCUCAUACCCGGCCAGUUCCAGGAGUAUUACAAAAGAUACUCUCCUGAUGAACUCCGUUAUUUACCAUUAAACACAGCUCUUUAUGAGCCCCCCUUGGAUCCUGAGCUGCCUGCAUUAGACAGUGAUGGAGAUUCAGAUGAUGCAGAAGAAGGUCGAGGUGAUGAAAAACGGAAAACCAAAGGCAAUUCGGACAAUUCGUCUGGCAAUGUAUCUGAAGGUGAUUGCGCCACAGAGAACCAGGAGGAUUCUUUUCAGGGAAGACAAAAAACAAGAGACAAAAGUGCUACUCCAAGAAAAGAUGGUUCCAAACGUUCUGUAUUGUCCAAAUCAGUUCCUGGGUACAAGCCAAAGGUCAUUCCAAAUGCUAUAUGUGGAAUUUGUCUGAAGGGUAAGGAGUCCAACAAGAAAGGAAAAGCUGAAGCACUUAUACAUUGCUCCCAGUGUGACAACAGUGGCCACCCUUCUUGCCUUGAUAUGACCCCGGAGCUUGUUGCUAUGAUUAAGACUUACCCUUGGCAGUGUAUGGAGUGUAAAACAUGCAUUAUCUGUGGGCAGCCUCACCAUGAAGAAGAAAUGAUGUUCUGUGAUGUAUGUGACCGUGGUUAUCACACAUUUUGUGUGGGGCUUGACGCAAUCCCUUCAGGUCGCUGGAUUUGUGAUUGUUGUCAGAAAGACUCUCCUGUACCCAGAAGAGGAGGAAGAAGGGGAAAAAACAGCAAGGAGGGAUAAAAAAAGCAAAACAAGCAAC